UCAUCCAACAGAACCUCUGGCAAAGCUGGUGCGGUACAUCUGCAAGCAGAGGCAGUGUAAACUGAGUGUGACCCCCAGCGACAGGACUGCCGAGCUCAACAGCUACCCACGCUUCAGUGACUGGCUGUAUAUCUUCAACGUGAGGCCUGAGGUGGUGCAGGAGAUUCCCCAAGAGCUGACACUGGAUGCCUUGCUAGAGAUGGAUGAGUCCAAGGCGAAGGAGAUCCUGCAGCGUUGGGGGGCCAAUGCUGAGGAGUGUAGCCGGCUACAGCAAGCCCUCACCUGCCUGCGGAAGGUGACCCGCCUGGGAGGGGAUCACAAAGAGGACUCUGGUUGGAAUUCAGCAGACACACAGCGGGAAAGUAGUUCUGGACCUUCUGUGGACAUGCUCUCCCCACUGGGCAGAGUGGGUGCCAGUACCCAGGCCCCUCGUUCCGUCUCCGUGUCAGCCCUGCCUGCCUCGGACUCUCCAGUCCCUGGCCUCAGUGAGGGCCUCUCGGACACCUGUAUCCCCUUGCACACUGGUGGCUGGCUGAACCCCCGGACCCUACACAGCUUCAUCACACCCCCUACCACACCCCAACUACGACGCCACGCCAAACUGAAGCCGCCGAGGACACCCCCACCACCAAGCCGCAAGGUCUUCCAGCUGCUGCCCAACUUCCCGACACUCACACGCAGCAAGUCCCAUGAGUCCCAGCUGGGAAACCGAAUCGAUGAAGUCUCCCCAAUGAAGUUUGAUCUCCCUCAUGGAUCCCCACAACUGGUACGAAGGGAUAUCGGGCUCUCAGUGACACACAGGUUCUCCACAAAGUCAUGGUUGUCGCAGGUCUGCAACGUGUGCCAGAAGAGUAUGAUGUUUGGAGUCAAGUGCAAACACUGCAGGUUGAAAUGUCACAACAAGUGCACCAAGGAAGCCCCCGCCUGCAGAAUAUCCUUCCUCCCACUAGCCAGGCUUCGGAGGACAGAGUCUGUCCCCUCAGACAUCAACAACCCGGUGGACAGAGCAUCAGAGCCCCAUUUUGGAACCCUCCCCAAGGCCCUGACAAAGAAGGAGCAUCCUCCAGCCAUGAACCUGGACUCCAGCAGCAACCCAUCCUCCACCACGUCCUCCACACCCUCUUCACCGGCGCCCUUCCUGACCUCAUCUAACCCCUCCAGUGCCACCACGCCCCCCAACCCCUCACCUGGCCAGCGGGACAGCAGGUUCAACUUCCCAGCUGCCUCCUUCAUUCAUCAUAGACAGCAGUUUAUCUUUCCAGACAUUUCAGCCUGUCCCCAGGCAGCCCCGCUCUCCAGCACAGCCGACACUACACGGCUCGAGGACCAGCCCAAAGCAGAUGUGCUGGGUGUUCAUGAAGCAGAGGCUGAGGAGCCUGAGGCUGGCAAGUCCGAGGCGGAAGAUGAUGAGGACGAGGUGGAUGACCUCCCCAGCUCCCGCCGGCCCUGGCGGGGUCCCAUCUCUCGAAAAGCCAGCCAGACUAGCGUGUACCUACAGGAGUGGGACAUCCCUUUCGAACAGGUGGAACUAGGAGAGCCCAUUGGGCAGGGCCGCUGGGGCCGGGUGCACAGAGGCCGAUGGCAUGGCGAGGUGGCCAUUCGGCUGCUGGAGAUGGACGGCCACAAUCAGGACCACCUGAAGCUGUUCAAGAAGGAGGUGAUGAAUUACAGGCAGACCAGGCAUGAGAACGUGGUGCUCUUCAUGGGGGCCUGCAUGAACCCACCACACCUGGCCAUCAUCACCAGUUUCUGCAAGGGACGGACGUUGCACUCAUUCGUGAGGGACCCCAAGACGUCUCUGGACAUCAACAAGACGAGGCAGAUCGCUCAGGAGAUCAUCAAGGGUAUGGGGUAUCUUCAUGCCAAGGGCAUCGUGCACAAAGACCUCAAGUCCAAGAAUGUCUUUUAUGACAAUGGCAAAGUGGUCAUCACGGACUUUGGACUGUUUGGGAUCUCUGGCGUGGUCCGGGAGGAACGGCGGGAGAACCAACUGAAGCUGUCCCAUGACUGGCUGUGCUACCUGGCCCCUGAGAUUGUACGAGAAAUGACACCCGGGAGGGAUGAGGAUCAGCUGCCCUUCUCCAAAGCGGCUGAUGUCUAUGCGUUUGGGACUGUGUGGUAUGAACUACAGGCGAGAGACUGGCCCUUCAAGCACCAGCCCGCAGAGGCCUUGAUCUGGCAGAUUGGAAGUGGGGAAGGAGUGAGGCGCGUCCUGGCAUCCGUCAGCCUGGGAAAGGAAGUCGGCGAGAUCCUGUCUGCGUGCUGGGCUUUCGACCUGCAGGAAAGACCCAGCUUCAGCCUGCUGAUGGACAUGCUGGAGAAGCUGCCCAAGCUGAACCGGCGACUCUCCCAUCCUGGGCACUUUUGGAAGUCGGCUGAGUUGUAGGCCUGGCUGUCUUGCAUGUCCUUCCUCCUAAUCGCCAGCUCAGCUCCGUGACUUCUGCUAAGACUCAAAGGCCAGCAGGCACUAACCCAGGGGAUGCCAUCUCUGCUGGUCCGGUCUCCUCCCUGCAGACUCCUUCCUGAGCUCUGUUUUUAACAACAGCCCCUCCCCUCCACGUGGCCUGUGGGUACCUGACUUGAGUCACUGUCAGGGGAGGAUGGCACUAACAGAUGACCUCUCGAGGCAGAAGAACAGCUUUCAGCUGCCUUCGUGGAUGAGACGGUCUUUUCUCUCUCGUUCUCCCAAGACUGGCUCUUGCUUGUGUUCCUCUGAUCCCUAGCCCCUACUAACACCUUAAUGAGCCCUUGCUGAGCGUGCUCAGAGGAUGGGGAGGGCUUGGCGAUCCUGGGACAUUGUCCUGCAAGGGGUAUAGUGGUUCAGAACUGUCCCGAGCUAGCACUGAGGUCAUGGGCCCUGUCUGGAGUUCUCUGUCUAUCUGGUGAAGACAAAGGACAGUCAGCAUGCAAACACACGUGUACACACACACACACACACACACACACACACACACCCUGAGUUGCUGUGAAAGGCAUCAGUUCAAAAGGGCUGGAUCCUUAGGAACCACACUCAGAAACAUCGUAAACCAAGUGGUAUCUGUCACUCAGUGAUGGAGGAAGAGCUGCUGUCACAUCUGCUAGGGGUUCCACGCCCUGACUGGAUCCAUACAAAUGCACUCAGGAUUCUGCUCCAUGCUGGCUCCAUUUCUAAAAGGAGUGUGUGACAUCAGUCCUGGCCCGGGUCCUCAGUCACUCACCAGUUUCACAUCCACAUGGAGCGGCCAGUGAGGAAACGGCCUCCGUGAGCCCACAACGGCUACUGCCAUGCUGGGUGCUGGCAAGUCACAUGAACAAGCCAUGUCACUGUUUCCCUUAUCCCACUAGGUGGGGAAUGUAGCCAAGGCCCAGAACUUAGGGUGGCCAGGAGCAGCUCUGCCAAGGCUAUGGACCGAGUCCUCACUCAGAUCCUCUGCUAAGCAUAGCCAGCAACUCCUUAACUCUGGUCAAAAGCAGCAGAGCCAUAACCCGUGUCUCUGCUCCUCUCUGCAGCAUCAACAACAGCAAAGUCAUGCCCCGCUUUGAAAGGUUUGCCCUGGGGGCCCUGGAGCCCAGUAACCCCAAGAUGUAGCCAGCCAUGCACAUACGUGCAGAAGUAUCUUCCUUUCUGAAACAUGAUUAUGAAACACGCAAACUACCACCAGGAGGAAUCAGAGAAGCCUUGCGUGGCAAGCUACAGACCAGGAGAGUCACUCCUCCGUGAAGAGUGCGCGUUACAGAGGUGUGUGGGGCUCAGGAUCGGAGCCAUACAUGCCUCUCCAGAUGACACCACUACAGCCAGUGUUUACAUAGAGGUCUCUGCCCCGCAGACUUGGUGUUUUACAGUAGUUAAUAAAAUUCUGCAGAGGGGUGCUGGCACUUCGGAGCAAAGAAAUACCCCCCAACACUCCCUUCUCUAAGACCCUGCUACAUCGAGGGGCCCAGGGUUGAGCGAGAAGGAGGAAAAGCUGCACGAUCAUGACAGGAUGUUUCCCGGGCCUAUGCUUUGACCCUGAUCCCUGCUGGUCCCUCUGUUUGUCCUGUAAGGAACUCCAACCCUUUCUUAGCUUGCAUAGGAAACCCUGGCUAGGAGCCCAUCUGGAUUAUGGUCAGGACUUCCUGAAGAGUUUGAAUUCAGUCUCUGCUCUGAUCUGGGCUUGUUGUGCUAAAAAGUACAGACCGAAUCCAAGUGGCUUCUAGAUGGAGCUGAGGAUUCUACCGCAGAGGAAGGAAACAGCCACGCAUCUGUGGAGACAUCUGCUGCUUCUCUGAGGACUCCAGGCAGACAUGAAGGCUAUGGAACUCAGCCUCUAUCAUCACUCACACACCAGUGUGCCUCAUGUCAGCCCCCAGAGCCAAGAGCUAGCCCAUCAGCUGUGUGUACACUGAGUUCUUUCUUGGUUGAUGAGAAUAGGGAAGGUGGCAAAUACAGCCUGUGAUGACCCUAGCACUUUAAAACUCUUGUCCGGGUCAUGUCCGAAGAUUCUAGACCUUCCACCACUUCUACUACCCCAGUCGCAUUGCAGCCUUCUAGCCCAUUCUGACCCCUGUGACCCUGAGCUCAGAUGAGGGCAUGAGGCUGACCAGACACUUGAGCCAGAUGCACCUAGUAGGUCCCUACCUGUGAGUCUCAGACUUCUGUUAAUGCCAGUGAGCAGGAGGGGCUGGAUUAGGGCGAAUCACACGUGCUCCACAGGAACUGUCACCUGCAGAGGUUGGGCAGCGGGGACGGAAUGGGAGUGGAGAAGCAGGUAGAUUAGGGCCGUAGGCUUACAGACCCUCUGUGGAGUGGCCAUGUGGCUCUCUCGGUUAAACACCAACUAAAGCCUCAGUUUUCAGAGCCUGUCCUAGGGCCAGGGUCCGGUUCUGGUAGACAGGCCAUUCUCUGGACAGUUGUAGGAUCCUCCCCAUACCCUACCCCACCCCCAGCACAGUUGUCCAUGCCCCAGGAGAGCUGGGCCAGUAGCAUCUUGACCCUGCCCCAGUGUAGGGGGAUGGGGAAGACCUGUGAGCCUGAGUUCAGCUCUGUCCUCUGAAAUGUCACGUCACUUCCCCAUUCCUUUGGCUGUCCACCCCAGCCCUUGGUAUGGCCUCCCCACUCCAGGACCCCAGUGUAGCUGCUCUGUGGCUGUCUCAUGUCUGUACUUCUCAGAGGCCGCAGUGCCUGAGCCUCUGCCGUUCUUUCACUUUGUGAAUGGUGUGAUGUUGGCCUCCCCUCACAGGGAGAACAUGAGCCAUCAGGCUGGCAUCUGAGUCAACCCUUUCCCUCAGCACCAAACCACAGACAACAUGACACACAGCCUACUGACAGUGAGCCUGGGUCUGUCUCUGUGUGGUGAACAUCUCAGUUCAGAAAGCUUUGAGCCCUUGCAGUGUAUGUGGUCCUGUGCUGGGGACCAGAUAGGAAUAGUCAUGGUCCCUGCCUUAAGGAGCUGAUCAUCUGCUGGGGGCCUAUAUGCAGGGAACCCGAAACUGCCACUUGGCUCCAAGGGUGGAGCUAUAGUGCUGGGACCCUCCACAUGUCCCCUCCAAGCCCUUCCCCUGUACUGCCCUUCAUUUUAAAAAGUCCCCAUCAUGACCCCUGCUUCCUUUUUGACUUAAGUGACUGUGAAUCGAGGUUAGGAAAGUUUGCCUCCUCUGUGCUGUCCUUGUCUCCUGGGAAACGCAUGAAGGACAACAGAUACUGUGAAUUCAGCCCCCAUAGCCACUGUGAAGGCAAUGAAAAAGGCUUGAGCUGCAGAGGGCCUGCCCACCUAAGGUCUGAGUCCAGGCACCCUGUGUUCCCAGCCUCACCUCCAAGGAGGCUUUUAGCCAUCAGAGUGGUGGCGAAGUCAUGAAUCCUAGCUAGUGCUGGCCUGGUCGCUCCUAUGCACCAAUCGGAACUCUUGGCCAUUGUCUCCUUGUGGUCCAGGCAUGGAGCGGCAAGCCUGUGUUGCUCUGUAGCGACAGAGUGGGGUGAAAUAGCCAUGCUAUGCUGCAGUGCUAGCCAGGACGUCAUCUGUGUGGGCUCCCAGUGUCUUCUGUGGCCACAGGGCACACGUUUAUUUGCUUAUUUUGAAUGUGAUGUAAAAUUUGUACAGUAAAAGUUUUUAUAUUUUCUAUCAAUUGCAUUUGUCUUCCAGAAAUGCUUUAAUUUAAAUUAAAAUGAUUAGUCUCGAUGAGCGUGUUAUAUUGUAUUGGGGUGUUUGCCACUGUUAAGAAUGUACCCUCUGGCUGAGCCAGGCCUAAGGGUCUGGGGUUUGUGAAUAAAGUUUUACCAAGGUC